AUGUGUAGACUUUACGCGGCUGGAGUGUCUUCGGUCUUUGGAGUCACUGGAGCUAUGGGACUCGGGCCAGGCGUUUCUGGAGGCGAUUGGUACAAAGAGCCUUCUGAGAUCCAAGCAGGAUCGGAGCACCCUACACAACCACCGACACCGCUAAUAGCAACAGCUGAAACAGCAACAACAACAACGGUUGCACCGCCAACACCACAGACAGCAGAACUUCCGGUCUUUCUGGACACCAUUCGAAUACUGCGAUUGGAGGCCUACAUCUCGAGAUGGCCCACAGACCUCACGACAAACCACACAUCGAUCUUGGGUGACUUCCUUAAGAGGAUGCCUUAUCUCGAGCACCUUUCGUUCCAACGAGGUCUGUUGCCCGAUUUGUCUGUCUUUGACGGUCUGGCGAGAAACCAACCUCCUCUGCGGUACCUCCGCAUUGCUGUUGCUGCCAGUACCGGACCUUUGACACCCGAGAUGGUCUCGACCCAGAUUUUUGACUGUUAUGAACCGGGCUUGGAGGAUGUGGAUAUCAGUUUGCAGGGUCCUCAAGAUGUCAUGGAGCAACCGUGGGUCAAGAAGCUGGUUCAAUGGUUUGAUGGCCAGAAUAAUCGUCGCCGCGAGCAGUGCCUGACGGAUUUCGCUCUUUCUCAAUGCAGUUGGGGCUGA